CAGAGGAGAAUAAGGACUGAGGGAGAAACAGAUAAUUUUACUGAGAGAGACAGCAAGAGGGAGAAGAGGAGGGCGUGUGGGUGAGAAAGAGGCGGUGGGGCGCGCAUGUCCAGUUCUUCAAUGCAGCCUGUUCUCCCAGCUCGCCAAUCAUUCCGACUAGUUUCCCCACUCUUCCUCUCCCCCCGCGUCUUUACAUGUGCGCCGGAUUCACAGCUCUCCUGAGCGGACACUGCAGGGGAAGAAAAGGGACGAAUUCAACAUGGAAUAUAAAUCCUAACUGGGGGAAAUAAAAUAAAGCGAGGAUAAAAAGAACCCUUCUCAUCCUCUGACGCGUUUUUAUCUCUUGUACAUCUUUCCCUCUUUCUAAAUGUCUUUGAACAGUUUCUGAAGGUAUUCGAGGAAAGGAACAAACAUGAGGAUUAUUCUUUUUUCUUGGCAAUUUCUUGGGGUGUAUUCCGCCCUUUAUUGGGGACUGGCGACAGGGGCUUUCCCCAGCUCAGUGCAGAUAGGUGGACUGUUCAUUAGGAAUACAGAUCAGGAAUACACAGCAUUCCGACUAGCUAUCUUCCUUCACAACACCAGCCCUAACGCUACGGAAGCUCCCUUUAACCUGGUCCCACACGUUGACAAUAUAGAGACAGCCAACAGCUUUGCAGUGACCAAUGCAUUUUGCUCACAGUAUUCGAGGGGGGUCUUUGCCAUCUUUGGCCUUUACGACAAGCGGUCGGUGAACACGUUGACGUCGUUUUGUGGAGCCCUGCACAUCAGCCUGGUGACGCCCAGCUUUCCCACUGAGGGCGAGGGACAGUUCACGCUGCAGCUGAGGCCGUCCAUCAGAGGAGCUCUGCUGUCCCUGCUCGACCACUAUGACUGGAACCGAUUUGUCUUCCUUUAUGACACAGACCGAGGUUAUGCAAUACUGCAGGCAAUUAUGGAGAAAGCGGGGCAGAAUGCAUGGCAGGUGAGCGCAAUCUGUGUGGAGAGUUUCAACGACGCAUCGUACCGCAGGAUCCUGGAAGACCUGGACCGACGGCAAGAGAGGAAAUAUGUGAUCGACCUAGAGCCUGAGAGACUCCAGACCAUCCUAGAACAGGCCGUCAGUGUGGGGAAGCAUGUUAAAGGUUACCAUUACAUCAUAGCAAACCUGGGAUUUAAGGACAUCUCCCUGGAAAGAUUCAUGCAUGGUGGCGCCAACGUGACUGGUUUCCAGCUAGUGGACUUCAGCAAAGAUAUUGUCAUAAAGCUCAUGCAGAGGUGGAACAAACUGGACCAGCGAGAAUAUCCUGGAUCUGAAAGCCCACCUAAGUAUACCUCAUCUCUAACGUAUGAUGGUGUUCUUGUAAUGGCUGAGGCCUUCCGCACCCUCCGCCGUCAGAAAAUCGACAUCAGUCGCCGUGGCAAUGCUGGGGACUGCCUUGCUAAUCCAGCAGCUCCCUGGAACCAAGGGAUAGAUAUGGAGCGAGCACUAAAACAGGUGCGCAUUCAGGGCCUUACUGGAAAUAUUCAGUUUGAUCACUACGGUCGGAGGAUCAAUUACACUAUGGCCGUGUUUGAACUGAAAAGCAAUGGACCACUAAAGAUUGGCUACUGGAAUGACAUCGACAAGCUUGUGUUGGAACAGGAUGGAAAUGGUCAUUCCAGUGAAGGCUCACUGACGGAGAAUCGGACGGUUGUCGUGACAACAAUCAUGGAGGGUCCGUAUGUGAUGCAGAAGAAGAACUGGGAGCUUUACGAAGGCAACGACCAGUAUGAAGGAUAUUGUGUAGACCUGGCUUCAGAGAUUGCCAAGCACAUUGGAAUCAAGUACAAGAUCUCUAUUGUUCCUGAUGGAAAAUACGGAGCCAGAGACCCAGAGACUAAAAUAUGGAAUGGCAUGGUGGGAGAGCUUGUGUAUGGGAAAGCAGAAAUUGCUGUGGCCCCACUGACCAUAACAUUGGUGCGAGAAGAAGUGAUUGAUUUCUCUAAACCCUUCAUGUCUCUUGGAAUUUCCAUCAUGAUCAAAAAGCCUCAGAAGUCUAAACCAGGUGUCUUCUCCUUCCUGGACCCACUGGCCUAUGAGAUAUGGAUGUGCAUAGUGUUUGCUUAUAUUGGAGUCAGCGUUGUCUUGUUUUUGGUAAGCCGUUUUAGUCCGUAUGAGUGGCACGCAGAGGAACCAGAGGAGGGUGCCACAGAGCAGGGCCCCACUGACCAGCCUCCAAAUGAGUUUGGCAUCUUUAACUCUCUGUGGUUUUCUUUGGGAGCCUUCAUGCAACAAGGCUGUGACAUCUCACCAAGGUCACUGUCUGGACGUAUUGUCGGAGGUGUGUGGUGGUUCUUCACUCUGAUCAUCAUCUCCUCUUACACAGCCAACCUGGCUGCUUUCCUCACUGUGGAGCGGAUGGUCUCACCUAUAGAAAGUGCAGAGGACUUGGCUAAACAGACAGAGAUAGCCUACGGGACACUGGAUUCAGGCUCCACCAAGGAGUUCUUCAGGAGGUCCAAGAUAGCCGUUUAUGAGAAGAUGUGGUCUUACAUGAAGUCCGCUGAGCCAUCCGUGUUCACCAGAACCACAGCAGAGGGUGUGGCAAGAGUGCGCAAGUCCAAGGGGAAGUACGCCUUCCUCUUGGAGUCCACCAUGAACGAAUACACGGAGCAGCGGAAGCCUUGUGACACUAUGAAAGUGGGAGGAAAUCUGGACUCCAAAGGAUACGGCAUUGCCACACCGAAAGGCUCACUGUUAAGAACCCCGGUAAACCUUGCAGUUUUGAAACUGAGCGAAGCAGGCGUCUUAGACAAACUGAAAAACAAAUGGUGGUAUGACAAGGGAGAGUGUGGACCCAAGGACUCUGGAAGUAAGGACAAGUCGUCUCAGGCUCUAAGUCUGUCCAACGUGGCUGGAGUCUUCUAUAUCCUCGUGGGUGGCCUGGGUCUGGCUAUGCUGGUGGCCCUGGUCGAGUUCUGCUACAAGUCACGGGCCGAAGCCAAGCGCAUGAAGCUCUCUUUCUCUGAAGCCAUGCGGAAUAAGGCCCGACUGUCCAUCACGGGAAGCGUGGGGGAGAAUGGCCGCGUCCUGACUCCAGACUGCCCCAAAGCCGUGCAUGCUGGUCACGCCUCCCUCCGACACCCCGGCCUUGCAGUGGUCUCCUCCGGACUGCCCUGAAAACCAAAAACACCUGCCGUGCCUUAACCACACACAAACAUGAAGACUUUGAAAUCAAAACACACACACAUAAACACACACAUGCUUGCAGCAUAUCAUAUUCACACACACACACACGCACACCCCCGCAUUAUAGCGACAGAAAACUGAACAAGAAUACUCAGAAACAGAGACAUUUUUAAACACUUGAAUACACAAGAACGAACUUCUGCGAAAUCAUUUCACCUUCCUGCUGCCACUGGCUCAAUUUACAAAAGACAAAUGAACUAAAACUGUGAAGUGAGAGGUCCUGAAAAAGAAAGAUGAACAACCAAGACUUCACAGUUACCUACAGCAUUAAGAUAUUUUUUUUCUUCUUGUUGUUUUUGUUUUCAGUUUUUGGAAAGGACGAUAUUGUGAUCAUUUCAAGCCAACGUGAAAGUCAGCACAGAUUUUCAUUAUUGAAAAGAAAUAAUAAUCUGGGACAAAAACCACAAAUCCAAUCAGACCAUGAUGAUGGUGGCAAUAAAGAUGAUUGAAUCUUUCGAAGACACCUAAAACACGCCCGUUCCUACUCUCUUUGGAUAUUAAUGGCUCUUAAGCCACACCCUCUAUAAAAAGGCCUUAGUUAUUCCCUGCAAACAGUAUUUUCAUGAUCAUCAUCAUGGUCAUCAUCUUUACUUGCCUGCAAAGACUGCGUGCCAGAUAUUAUAACUAUUAGGAGACCAGAAAACUGUAAGCUUGAACGGUCAGACUGUGCAAACCUGCUCCUUUGCCACAGACUCUUCAUACUAAAUGAAAAAAAGCCUUUUUUAACGUACAUACAGAAUAAUCUUUUUGCUCUAAGUCAGCUGGGUGAUCAACCAUUGCAGUACUGAAAUAACCUCAAAAUGUGUGGCUACUCUUUGCUAAGGAAUACACAGAAAUUUGUAAAAGAAAAAUAUAUUAAUUAAUGACAUUUUGGUUUUUUUCAUCAGCAGUAACAUUAUAUUAAUAAAACCACUAAGCAGACAGAUGAAUAUAAAUUUUUGUUAAGCAGCAAUGGUAAAGUUUGAGCUCAAGAGAUGAAAACAAACAUAUGGGCAGAUCUUUAAUGGCUCAAAAUGCUUCUCAACUUAACCACUGGGAAGUCAGAGAACUUUGCAAAAAGAAAUUGAUGAAGGCUGCGUGGAACGUUGGUUUAGAAAGAAGUACAACGCAGAACUCAGAUGCUACUAAAAAGGUGAGCUACAGUGCCUUUCAGAAAUAUUCAUUCUCCUUGAACUUUUCCAUAUCUUAUUAUAGUACAAUCCCAAAGUUCAAUGUAAUUUGUAAGAACUUUACAGAUAAUGGACUAACACAAGGUAAAGCAAAAUUAUGAGGUGAGAGGAAAAUGCAACUUCAUCUUAUAUCUUCUUUUGAUCAAAUAUAAAUUGGAAAAGUGCAGCAUGUAUUUGAACUCCCAAAUCAGCCUCAAGUCUUUCUUCCUGAAUUGCUCUGUAUUUGCCUUUAUUUGUCUUCCCAUCGACUUUGACCUGCUGUCACCUCCUACUGGAAAAGCAUCCCGACGUUGCCAUCUUGUUUCAAAUACGACGUAUUCAGGGUAGUGUGCAGCAUUUCCUACAAGUAUAAUGUUCCAUAUUUAGGUUAAAAAGUCUAGUUUUUAAAUCACUUUCUUCCACAUUUUCUGCGUUCCCUAUAUGGCUUGUGGCAAACUAUAAACGGGACUUAUUUUGUCUUCUUAUUUUACUUCCUUUCAAAAAUAUAUUUUUUCUUGCCCCUCUUCCACAAAGGUCAGAAUUGUGGAGUGUAUGACUGACAGUUCUCUUGUGUGGACAAAGUCUCCCACCUGAGCUAUGAAGCUCUACAGCUCCUCCAGAGUUAACAUGGCUUUUUUUUUUGGCUACUUCUUUGUUCCUUUCUCUCUGUAUAUCCUAAUUAAAGCCCUUUUAAAGGUAAUUGCUACCAUUGGAUUGUAAUUAGGGGUAGCAGAGUGAAAUGGAUCAAGAGGAGCUAUUUCAUACAAGGCACUUUGAAUUGUCUUAUUGCUGAAAAUGUGCUAUAUAGAAAAAAUUAUCUUACCUUACAAAUGCACCUUAUACUUUUCAGUGUUUUAUUUGUUGAAAAUCUAUCUUUUAACUUCAGCUUCAUGAUUAUGUGUUACUUUGUGUUGGUCUGUCACGUAAAAGCCCAAAUAAAAUGCGUUAAGAUUUCUUUGGGAUAAAAAGUGCCGCAACUUGAAAAAUAUCAAGGAGCAUGAUUCCUUUUCAAGGCACUGCUUCAGGCAAAUUGAAAUAUUUCUUUGUAGAUCUGCCCACAACGCAGUCACCACCAAUUGUUUCUGCUGGCCAUAAUCAAGUUGAAAACCACCGGUCUAUGCUGACUGAGUUCACCUGAUUGAUUUUAAAGGCUUACAGGUACAUUUCACAAUUUAGCUGAAGCUCUAAUGGGCACUUCGGUUGUUGUUCUACGCCCUCUGAUUUUUCAGUGGCUGGGGCAGAGGUACCAGAAAGCUUGCUUUUUAAAACAGUUGUAAAUAACUGCGUAGCAAAUCAGAGCUCACCUGUCUUUUUUAAAGCAUCUUAGAUAACAAAUCAUUGCAAUAAUGAACAUAAAAAAGAAAAAUGCCACAACUUGUAAUUAAGUAAAAACUCUUUUUUUAAAUAAAUCUACUUACUUAUAUAUAAAUAUAUAUGAUGCAUAUAAAUAUAUCUAUAUGACAAUAGAGAGGUAUAGUAAACAUUGAUCACUGAUUGUCAGAGGCCAUGACACACAUUCUGUUACAUGGCUGUUUCUUUUGAUAACUUGAGAACAUUAUGACGCUAUAGUCAUCGUGUGUCCUGAUCCACACUGAAUGUCCAUCUGGCACUCACAGGGACACACACAUACACAAUGUGCACAUUAACAUUGUUGCAUUCACAGGGUCAGCUUAAAGUGAUCAGUCGAAAAGAAAUGUCAUUAUCUUUUUUUCUAUAUGGAAAAAAAAAGCUUUUAAACCUCUCAUUUAAAGUCUUUCUGUUCAUGAACAGAAAUGAUUUGAGUCAUUAUGAUUUUGUGGGAGAGUGUAAGAAGUGGGUUUCCAGAGACCAUAGGUUUGGACUGUUAGGAGGACAACGCAGUGUGACGUUUCAAGAGUGUAAUAUUUUCGGGGCAUUUCAAAUCAACUUUGGUCCAUUUUGUUGUCUCUUCUCACCAGGUGUGAGUCCCGCUGCAGAUCGAAAUCCAAUGUUAUUUCAAAUUAAACAGGGUUUUUUACAUCAACCA